GCCGGUGGCACUGUCCGGACCGGUGGGAAAGUGACCCCGCGCCAGACAUCGCCGCCGGUCACCACCCAGCCGGGAGACCGGUAUAAAUAGGCAACGCCACAGCUGCACGGCACAGUGACACUCAAACAGCCUCAGCCAUGAACAAGUGGAUCGCUCUGGCGCUGCUGGCCUGUGUGGCCGCCGUCUGUGCCGAGGAGACCCCGGCCGCCGAGAACCAGGACCUCGAGCAGGAGGAGUCCAUCGUUCACGGAUACGGCCUUGGAGGCUACGGCGGCUACGGCUAUGGCCUCGGAGGCUACGGAGGUUAUGGCUAUGGCCGUGGUCUGAUCGGCUAUGGCGGCUACGGCCUCGGAGGCUAUGGCGGAUACGGCUAUGGCCGCGGUCUGGGAGGCUACGGUCUGGUUGGCAUUGGCGGAGGAUACGGCGGCUACGGACUCGGAUAUGGUUACGGCGGCCUGCACUAAGGGGCUGCGGCCGUGCUGCAGCUGUCCAUCCCGCUGGCCUCAACCUCCAGCAGAGGCUCCUCUCAGGUUUCUCAGGAAUGGGUGUGGUGUUUCGAUGUGUCACGAAACACCCGACAUCAAAUGAUGCUUUUGGUGACAUUUACAACUUGUGUUCCUGCGAUAGGUUGUUCAUGUGAAUCGUUUGGCGGAUGUAAAUGUUAAAUUACCGGCCGAUAUCUCGCAUACCUGUUCUGGGGAAUGAAUUGAAUGCACCACCCAUGCAAUGUUAGUUACGAAUUUACCGUUUAGUGUUCCUCUGGUAUUAAGUGUUUUAAAUAAACCAGAAGUGGUGUUA